UAGAAUUACAUACAUGCCAUUGCUAUCACUCCACUGCGCAGUUACGUGACUUGUAUAAAGACCAUGAUGUCGUGUACUUCUGUGAAGCCAAACACUAACCUUCAUUCUGCUCUAAUACCGUUCGAAUUAUGGCCCGAGGAGCUCAUCGUCGCAAAGGCGGUAUUAACACCAACCGCAAGGGAAAAUUUGAUCCCAAGGACGAAAACCAGGUCAAGCAUACGAAAAUCGGCAAAGUCUGGGAGCUUUAUGAGGAACGACAGCCAGAGCUUGCCAAAAUUCCAUUUUCAGCUAGGUUGAACUUUGAACGGUAUCUCGGCCUUUAUGACAGUCUUCCAUUUGUAUGGCGCAUGCUGAAGGAUAUCGGGAGCAUUCGGGCUUGUUGGCUUUACUUGGGUUUGUACCUCGCGGUACAACUGGCGCUUUCGCUAAUUCCUGCUGUACAACUAUGGUAUUCGGGGCAACUGCUGACGAUCGUCGGAACCGCUAUAGAACAACGUACAGUAGACAGACAACUACUUUUUCGCGUCGCUUCAAGUCGUGUCGCUUGCUCCAUCGCAGAUCUUAUCCUGCAACACUUGAGCAAACGCAUUUCCCGCCCCCUCAAUGCCCGCAUCAAACAAUAUUAUACUGUACACAUGUUCAAUGUUAUGGCGCGCCUGGACGUACCAACCUACGACGAUCCUCUCGUACAAAGACAACUUGAACAGGCUUUUCCCUCCAAUUCCCGGCAAACUGUUAUUUGGAGAACUGUUGUCGGUGUAAUCAAUAUGGGUAGCACCGCUAUCAUGUUACUAUCCCAACUUUCCGUUUUAUCCACCGUUUUGAAAAAUCAACAAGAUGGUACCCUGAUCGCAUUAUUAAGUUUCUCGCAUUCGAUCCUAUCAUCAAAUUCUGACACUCAAUCCCUUUUCACCAGAGUGUGGGCUGCUACUACUCACAAUGCUGACUUUAUCAAACUGUCUGGUCUCCGGAAGGCUGUAGCCGAACCUGCUCAUCGAAAAGAAAUAGUAGCGGGAAAUAUGUGGGAGUAUAUGCAUUCCGAAUAUCGACGAUGCAUAAAUAUUCUCGGAGAUGAUGCGGCAGAAUUCUUCGACGUAUACGAAUUAUUCAAUCAAAAACGUUUUCCUAGUUUCGCCUCAAUAAUCCGCAGGCCAUUGCAAGAGCUACCACAAAUUGUAUUUACCCUCCGCGCAGUCCAAUAUCCCGCGACCAUUCCGCUUUCCUUGGCCUCGCUAAAUUUGAUUACUUCAACUGCAAAUUCAUUUUCGCACACAUUGCUGAGAUUGUUCGAGCAAACGGGCUCAAUUUCCGAUAAUUUCGCCACCAUCCAAAAGAUGUACGAGGCCAUCAACUUGUCGAAUCGUAUUCCGGAUGGUAUGGUUCCCUAUCCAGAAAAUCAACAUUCGUUGCAGAUGGGUAUGUCGAUUGAGUUUAGAAACGUAUCAUUCAAGUACCCGGAAAGCAAAUCAUACGCUCUCCACAACGUCUCAUUCAAGAUUGUUAAGGGUCAACUUUGCGUUAUUCUAGGUCAGAAUGGCUCUGGAAAAAGCACCGUCCUCAAACUCAUUGCACGGCUCUACGAUCCAUUGGAAGGCCAAAUUUUGGUUGACGACCAGGACAUCAAGACAUUCAAAUUAGCGGAUUUAAGACGAGCAAUGGCCAUCUUAUUCCAAGAUUAUACACACUUUCCAUUAUCUAUCAGGGAAAACAUCGCCCUCGGCGACCCGGGCCACUCUGAUGAUAUGGAUAGAAUAACACAAGCUGCAACUCUAGGCGGAGCAUCGGAAUUUAUCGAACGCCUGGAGGAAGGCUACGACACGUACCUCGAUAGACCCGUGAGGGACUAUUAUUCCGGUCUUCCGGAGGGUACGAUGGACCUUUUCGGAAGAGCGGUGAGUUUCGGGAAGAUUAGAGGUAUGGGUGGAAUGAAGAGUAAUGAAUCGACGACGUUGUCUGGAGGGCAAAUGCAGAGGAUUGCACUCUCACGGACAUUCAUGCGUUCUUCAGUCUCGGAGCCUAGUGUCGGGUUAUUGUUGUUCGACGAGCCUUCUGCUAGUUUGGAUCCUACUGCUGAACACGAUCUCUUUGAACGACUUCGGCUUCUCCGCGGACAAAAGACCAUGAUUUUUUCCUCACAUCGAUUCGGUAACCUCACACGAAACGCUGAUAUGAUCUUAUAUAUGCAUGAUUCCGUUAUCGUGGAAGAAGGGUCCCAUGAUGCUCUUUUGAAAGCAGGAGGGGAGUAUGCGAGAAUAUGGAAUUUACAGGCCCAGGCCUUUCUGUAGUACUAAUAUCAUGUUAUCAUUGAUAGCAGCUCUUC